CGCCUGCGUUGUUCAGAUAGGAAGAAAGAUGGAGAAGGGAAGUAUCUGUGCUCCGCUGCUAGCGGAGUCAGAUACUGAAAAUAACAUUAUUUCUACUCAUAACGUGGCUUCUGUAUCAGAUGCUGACACAGUAAUAAACACUAAUAAUACCAAUAGUUCACAGAUUGAAGACUUGGGAGAAAGUGACCUGAAGGGUCUCUUCACGGACAGCCACUGCCAUGUGUGUGAGGCUUCUCUGCUGUUCGAGUCCCAGAGGAUCGCACACUACGAGGGAAAGAAGCAUGCUCAGAAAGUGAGACUCUACGUGCAGACCAAGAAAGAUGAGAAACGAAGUAAAGACUUCCAGAGAGGAAUCACUAUGGACAAGGACCGCUUCUGUGAGCUGUGCAGCAUGGUAUUCAGUUCUCCGGUGGUGGCCCGCUCCCACUACGACGGCAAGGUCCAUGCCAAGAACCUGAGAAAACAGGCCCUCUAUCCCACCACCCAGCCAGCAGACACUCUCCCUCAAAGGGGCCUCGGGUUGGCCAAAGCAGGCCCACUCCAGGCCUCUGGCAUUGACCAGGGAAUGGUCGAGGAGGGGGGGAAGGGACCCCAGAACACCUCAGAGACUGUGGACCUGAGUGACCCUAACAAGCACUGCCGCCUGUGUGCCGCCUCCUUCAACAACCCCCACAUGGCCCAGCAGCACUACGCCGGCCGCAAGCACCAGAGGAACCACUCCCGCCAGCAGCUGCUCAAAGACCUGGGAGAGGACCCUGCACAAGCCAACUCCUUCACAUGUCCGGUGUGUAACAUUAAGCUUGACUCUGUGGAGAUGUACCACGCUCACAUGCAAGGAAACAAGCACCAGAUCAAAGAGAAGAAGGUUGUUGACCUAUGCAAGUCUCAGAAGAAGGUGUAUGAUUCGUUCGCAGAUGAAUUGGCCGACUACAUCCACGUGCAGAAGGCCCGUGGUAUAGCCCCAAAAACCAGCUUCGGGGCUACCGGGGAAGAGGAGGAAGAAGAGGGAGAAGGAGAAGCGAACCUCAGCAAGGUUGACGGCCAAAAUAAAACCACCUUGGGCCUUCCUCCUUCUUCCCGCCCUCCUCUUCCUCUCACCUCUCUUCCUCUGCAUCCUGCUGCUGCCUUUUAUCCUCCUCCACUUUGGUGCCCGCCCUAUCAGGCUCCUCCCACUCACUUUGGGUUCAAGGGAGUCACCUAUGAGCAAACGGCCUGGGGCCACACUUUCCCUCAGCCCUUCCCUCCAGGAUCUGCUCCGGCAGGCUUUAUUGGCUGGCCUAAAGCCAGGGGGAGGGACAAUGAAUGUUCAAGCUCCUCCUCUUCCUACACAAGCUCCUCCUCUUCCUACAGCAGCAGCAGUGACAGCAGUGACAGCAGUGACAGUGACUACAGGCACAGAGAGAGGAAGAGGAGGAAAAGGAAGAUGAGGAAGGAGAGAGGGAGGAGGGCGAGGGAGGAGGACUCAGAGGAGAGGAAGAGGAGGAGGAGAGGGAAGAGUCUAAGAGAUGAUGACACAGAAGGGAGAAGAGGAAGAGAGCAUGACGAAGAAGCGGAGGAAGAGAGUAAGAGGAAGAGAAAAAGACUGCACUAUAGUAGCAGGAGUCACAGGGAGGGACACAGGGCAAAGAAACGCCGGGAAGAGGAUGAAGAAAAAGAAGGAAGGAAGGAGGAGAAAGAAGAGAGUACAGAGGAAAGGGUGGGAAGAGGAGAGGAGAAGGAGGUGCAUAUUCAGGCUGAGAUUCAGGAAGCGAUAGAAGAGAGGGAGCAGGCCAAGGAGACCAAGGCCAAACACAGGAAAGACAAGAAGAAGACCAAGGAGAAAGUGGACACCAGGACAGAGGAGGAAAAGCUAUGGGAUGAGUCCAUCAUAGGCUUGUGAUGCAGAGAACCUCCUGGAACCCACCAUCUGAAGACUAAAGCCAGGAACAUACUCAAUGCAAAUAUGUCUAGUGACAUGAUAAAAUGUAUACAGUUGGUGAACAUGAACAAAAGCAACCAAGUUCUACGUGCUUCCCGAACUUUGUUCCCAUGUUCUUGUUUUUUUAUGUUCACCAACUGUCAGCUCUUGAUGAUGUCACUAGACGUCUUAACGCGUUAAGUAUGUUCCAAGUUUUACAGCUGUCAAGCCGGACAUUGCAGACGUCAACAACGACAACAACAUUGGCUUACGACGACUGACUUUACACAGUCAUGACACAAGCAGUAGUGUAGUAAUGCUAGCUGGCUAGCCAUAUGCUUAGUGUAAAAUAAGAGUUUGUGUCAUGAAUGUAAUAUAGUUUAUUCACAUCAGCUGCCAUGACUGUUUAUUACGUCUGCUAUAACGUGCUUCUGACAGCGAGAUGAUGGGUGUACAAGAAAUAUGUCAUGUUGUCGGCAACCUCGACACGCAACUCUAUUGCACAUCCAUUUUGAAGUAACAGCACACUUCACGGCGCAAAAUAAUAUAAUGUUGCAAUGACAUUAAAGGCCCAGUGCAGUCAAAAAUUUGAUUUCCUGUGUUUUAUGUAAGGUUACAAAGGGAGGGUAUAUUACUAGAAACUUUUUAAGUUUACCUUUUAAAUACCAUAGUUUUGGUACUGUAUCUUUCAAGGGUUUUAUGUAACCUGCCACAAAACAUCUAGUGGCCCAUUUUGGAACUUCAGAUUAUCACAGGUGUCUGUAGUCAUCUCUGGCCCUCUGUGUGGCCUUAACACAUGUCAAAUGUAUGAAAUAAUUAAAUACGAUUUAAAAAUAGACUGACAAACCAUUAAAACAUUAUCCUACAUAUAAA